AUGGCGACCGUGACACUGCGCCUGGGGCAGGAGCAGCUCAAGCCCUUUGUGAGCGCGAUCACAUGCGUGAGCAAGGCCGGUAAGGAGAUCAGCCUCGAGUGCGACGCCGAGACCAUCACGCUCCGCGCGCUCAACGAUGCGCACUCGGCGUCGGCCGAAAUCACCUUUGACAGCGGCUUUCUCGACGGCUACACGCCGCCGUCGCUCGCCGGCGACGGCCGCCCGACCGCGCUCGUCAAGUGCACGACCAUGGCGAGCACGUGGCAGUCAGUCUUCCGUUCGCUCAAGAAUGUGCUCUCGAUGGAGAUUGAGCUUGAGGUCGACGACGGCGACAAUGGCGGUGGCCACGACGCGGUCGACGCCUCUGUGAUUGUGUUUCGCCUUUGCUGCGACAAGCGCAUCACCAAGACGCACCGCAUCAAGACUACUGACACGCAAACGCUGCGUCCCAUCUUCGACAAGGCGUCGUCGCCGAGCCGCAUCAAGAUGCGCCCUUUCCACCUUACGACGCUCCUACAGCACAUUCAUGGCACGGACGAAGUGAGCAUGACAUGCGGGAAGGACCAAGUCCGGUUCGAGAGCUACUACACCAACCCGCUCGACGUCAAGAAGCACGUGCACACCGAGACGACGGUCGACACGGCCGAGUUUAUCGCCUACCUCUUCGAGCCUGGCGAGGAUCCGUUGAACGAAGCGGUUGUUCAGCUCAUUUUUUGCCUCAAGGAAAUUCGGGCGCUGCUCGCUUACUGCGACGCGUGCGGCCUCGCCGAGCUCGUUUUGUACUUUAGCGACGGCGGCAGUCCGAUCUUGCUCUCGACCGAGUCGGUGGCGACUGCGUCGUACGGUGCUCAAAUCGUCUUGUCGACGGUCGCGACACUUCACGCCGGGCCGACCCAAGACGCCGGCCCGUCGCAAGAAGCCGAGUACGAGCACGCUGCCAGGGCAAAAAAGCAGAAGCGGUCGUCGGCCUAA